CCUGCGCACAACGAUCGGCAGCCCUGGGAGGCGGGUUGGACCUAGAGAUAGGAGGAGGAGUUCCAGAGCUCCGGCGUGACGUCAUGACCUUUGGGGGCGGGAUCAGUCCGCGGGACUCCACCGCCAUUGGUCCGGAACCCCGCAGUAACCAGGGGAACUGCAAACACUGUAGGGGCCGCUUCCGGUUCGAGCACCCGGAACCGCCGCCUCUAGGGAUGGACGGUCAGACUCUGCGAAAGGCUGACAGAGGCCGGUCAUGCUCACGGGAGAAAAAGGAGGGUUACACUAAGGACAUGGUGCCAGACUUCGAUGAGAAACAUGAUGAGUAUUUAAUAUUGCUUCAGCAGAGGAACCGGAUAUUAAAGCAUCUGAAAACCAAGGACCCCAUGCAACUGAGACUGGAGCACUUAGAGCAGGGCUUCUCUGUCUACGUCAACGGGGCCAAUUCGGAGCUGAAGACGUCUUCCUGGAAAGCUGUCCACUCCGACUUCACCAGGAGUGCCUCACACGCCGAGGGGACACACGAUUACGGACGGAGAACCCUGUUGCGAGAAGCAGAGGAAGCUUUAAGACGCAGUUCACGGACAGCCCCCAGCAAAGUCCAGCGCCGAGGAUGGCACCAGAAAUCAGUGCAGAUCAGAACGGAAGCUGGCCCGAGGCUCCACAUUGAGCCUCCUCUGGACUAUUCUGAAGAUUUUGAGGGAUGUGGAGAUGAGACCACCAAGGCACAGGGUGCUUCUGGGGACCUUCCACAGGGUACCAAGUCUUCCACCAACACCACGCCCUGUGAUUUUCAUUUCACCCUUCUGGAUGCCCACGCAUGCCGUGACCCUGCAAGCAAUACAGACAAAGAAAGGAUCCUCUUAACUAUUCAGGAUGUGAUGGAGCUAAGAAAAAGCCUGGAACUUAGUGUAAAUCUACAGAGGAAACAAAGAGAUUGUUCCAGUGAUGAGUAUGACUCGAUCGAAGAAGAGGUACUCUCUGAGCCUGAGCCCGAGGAGCAGGUGCUGGUGGGCCACCCCAGAGAGGACCCCCCUCUUUGCAGUGGGGACUCCGUGCAGAAGGAUGUUCCCGAGGGCCAGGAGAUGGAAGGGCACCCUCCCCAGGGCCCAGACCCCCUCGUGGUGCUGGAAUUUAACCCAGCUUCCAAGAGUAAUAAAAAGGAAAGGAAUUUGUCUGCUAAGCGGAAGGACAACGCUGAGGUUUUCAUUCCCAGCAGACCUGAACUGAACUUGAACCCCCAGUCCUCUGCUGUGUUCCCAGACCAGGAGAAGGCGUGCUCAAGACCCGGAAGCCGCCGAGAGAGACCCCUCUCAGCCACCCGAAAACCCGUGCACGAGGCUGAGGACCGAGAGGAAGAUGCCUCAGCCGUGCUCAGGGCCAUCCAGGUGGAGAACGAAGCCCUGCAGAGGGUGCUCCUCAGCAGAAAGGCUGAGCCCCCCACCAGCCCACUGCAGGACGUGGAGGGACCAGCAGCAAAAUUGUGGACCAGUCUACUGAAGCGGAAGGAAGGGAGCCCUGAGCUUCCUACCGCCGCCGCGGCCACCAGCACAACCAGCAUGGCCAGCCCGCAGGAGCCGUCCGGGGCAGCAGGGGGAGCUCGAGCCGUCAGUGAAGCCAUUGACAGAAUUGGCCUUUUGGGGAGCAGGCAGCAGCAAAGGCUUCUGAAAGUGCUCCAGGCCAUCGAAAGCGACUCUGCCCGGCUCAGCACCCUUGCUUCACCAAUGAAGGAGCCCGUGCCAGACCCAGAGGCCAAAUCGAGAACAAAAGGCGGAGACAUCAAAGAUGCCGUCUAUGUGACCUUGGAAAUCCUGUCCAACUGGGGCCACGCGUCCCGGGUGGGGCUCACGGAAGUGGAGUUCUUUGACCUGCACAACACAAAGCUUUAUGUGUCGCCCCAUGACGUGAAUAUCCGGACCACGGACACACCCGGGGACCUGGGCCAUCUGGUCAAUCGGAACUUAGCUAGCAAGAAAGACCCCUCCUUGUGGAUGUGCCCCUUCCACCCGCCGCUCCAGCUCUUUUUUGUUAUCCGCAACACCAGACGGCUGCAGGACUUUGGUCUAGCCAAGAUCAAGGUUUGGAAUUACUGGACAGCUGAUGGCGAUCUUGACAUCGGUGCCAAGAACGUGAAGCUUUACGUCGAUGAAAGUCUCGUCUUUGAUGGCACGUUAGACAAAGGAGGUGGAGAGACGCCGGCUGACUGGAGCGUCCCGGUUGGCCUGGAAGAGGAGCAGGAUGAGAGCAGGGGAAGGGCCCUGGGUGCCCCCUUGGGAGAAAGCAGAGAGGCCCGCAAGAUGGCUGGCACAGAUGGGGAGCUCUCCCCGCCAGCUGCAGCAGUAGCUGAUGUGAAGUUCUCUUCCCAAGGAAUGUUACUUGGAGGAAAGAUGAAUCCUCCCGACUGCACGAAGGACAGUUUGUCCAAGUUGGAUGAAGACACGAGCUGCCCGGCAGCCCCAGCCUUGACAGGGGGUGUGCCGGGGGCUCCCCAGCUCUGCCUGCCUGUGGAAUGCCCUCCCCUUGACCCAGAACUCUCCCUGGCCCAACAGCUGGAAAACCUCACGAGCAGAAAAGUCUCCGAGCCACCAGCGAAAACCCCAUCGUGGUUGCAACCUUCUGCCAUAGUGAAGGGCAGGAAGCAGGGAGGCAGGAAGCCCAAACCACUCUGGCUGAGUCCUGAGAAGCCCCUGGACUGGGAAGGCGGACUUGCAUCAGACACCAUCAUGGACACCAUGGGGGAGGCUUCUAGAGAGGCCGAGGUCGGGGAUAAAGGCCUGAGGCGUGAGCCAGGGCGGCCACGCAGCUGGAAUGUCAUCGCUGGAGAGAGAACCCAGAAGGUGACCCCCAAAGUCUGUGAUGACUUUGACAUCUUUAACCAGCCCUCCAACAGGGAACACCCUGCUAGUGGGAGGAGGGGCCCGAGGAAGGACACCCUCAUCAGCAGUCACAGCGAUGGCCCGCCAACUGGCAGAGAAGACACCUGGUCCGGCAAGAUGCCGCCGCGGUCCCGGUGGUGCAGUGAGCAGGAUCACAUGCUGCAUGAGUCCUGGGACUCCCUCAGUGCCUUUGACCGCUCCCAGCGGGGUCGCAUCUCCAACAUGGAGCUGCAGGGGGACAUCCUGGACGAGUUCCUGCAACAGCAGACGGGCAGCCACCACAGCGACCAGCUGCCCCCGGGGAAGGAGGAGAGGCCAGAGCCAAGGAGAGGGCCGGAGGACAGCUCUGCAGAGAUGCACGACGGGAGCGACUUUGAAAUCCCUGUCUUGCCUUAUGGACAGCGCUUGGUCAUCGACAUCAAGUCGACGUGGGGGGACAGGCACUAUGUCGGCCUUAACGGAAUAGAAAUAUUCAGUUCUGAGGGGGAGCCGGUGCAGAUCGCGAACAUUUGCGCGGACCCCCCUGACAUCAGUGUUUUACCAGCCUACAGGAAAGACCCCCGCGUGGUCACUAACCUCAUCGACGGGGUUAACAGGACCCAGGACGACAUGCACGUCUGGCUGGCCCCUUUCACGCUGGGCAAGCCCCACUCCAUCUCCAUAGAUUUCGUGCGCCCUUGCCAAGUCGCCCUAAUCCGGAUUUGGAACUACAAUAAAUCUCGGAUACAUUCCUUCCGCGGCGUGAAGGACAUCACCAUGCUAUUAGACGCGCAGUGCAUCUUUAAAGGAGAAAUCGCCAAAGCCUCAGGGACCCUGACGGGAGCCCCAGAGCACUUUGGAGACACCAUCCUAUUCACGACCGACGAUGACAUUCUGGAGGCCAUAUUCUGCUCGGAUGAGACAUUUGACGUGGACGUGGAGAGCCCCUACAGUCUGCAGAGCGAGGAGACGCCCAGGAGGCCGAGCACCGCCGGCAGCGACGGGGAGGACAGGCCCUACACCCAGGCCGGCCCAUGGGCUGAGGACCGGGCCCUGGGGCUAGAGCGGCCAUCCAGUCCCCCUGCCCCCGAAGUAACCACGCCAGAGCCAGGCAUCUACCAUGGGAUCUGCCUUCAGCUGAAUUUUACCGCCUCCUGGGGGGACCCGCACUACCUGGGGCUCACGGGCCUGGAAGUGGUGGGGAAGGACAGCCAGGCACUGCCCAUCAGCCUGCACCAGAUUUCUGCCUCCCCCAGAGACCUAAAUGACCUCCCUGAGUACACCGAUGACUCCCGGACCCUGGACAAGCUAAUCGAUGGAGCAAACAUCACCAUGGAGGAUGAGCACAUGUGGCUGAUUCCUUUCUCGCCUGGCCUGGACCACGUGGUCACAAUCCGCUUCGACAGAGCCGAAAGCAUUGCUGGCCUGCGCUUCUGGAACUACAAUAAAUCUCCCGAGGACACCUAUCGCGGGGCCAAAAUCGUCCACAUCUCCCUGGACGGCCUGCGUGUCUCCCCUCCAGAGGGCUUCCUCAUCCGGAAGGGGCCGGGCAACUGCCACUUUGAUUUCGCUCAAGAAAUUCUCUUUGUGGACUACCUCCAGGCUCGCCAGCUACCCCAGCCGGCCCGGAGGCUCGACUCGCAAAGCCUGGAGCGGGCGACCAUGGACUAUGAGGCGCCCCUGAUGCCCUGCGGCUUCAUUUUCCAGUUGCAGCUCCUGACCAGCUGGGGUGAUCCCUAUUAUAUUGGUCUCACGGGCCUGGAGCUGUAUGAUGAGCGGGGAGAAAAAAUCCCUCUGUCGGAAAACAAUAUCGCCGCCUUCCCCGACAGCGUGAACUCCCUGGAGGGCGUGUGCGGGGACGUCCGGACCCCCGACAAGCUCAUCGACCAAGUGAAUGACACCAGCGACGGCAGGCACAUGUGGCUGGCCCCCAUCCUGCCCGGCCUGGUGAACCGGGUUUAUGUGAUUUUCGAUCUGCCCACCACCGUGUCAAUGAUCAAACUGUGGAAUUACGCAAAAACGCCCCAUCGAGGGGUGAAAGAGUUUGGCCUCCUGGUGGACGACUUGCUUGUGUACAACGGGAUCCUGGCCAUGGUGGGCCACCUGGUGGGGGGCAUCCUGCCCACAUGCGAGCCCACGGUGCCCUACCACACCAUCCUCUUCACCGAGGACACGGACAUCUGCCGCCAGGAGCGACACACCACCAUCAGCAAUCAGGUGGAAGAUCAGGACGUCCAGAUGAUGAAUGAAAACCAAAUCAUCACCAACUCGAAAAGGAAGCAGAGCACGGUUGACCCAGCCUUACGCCCCAAAACGUGCAUAAGCGAGAAGGAGACCGCACGACGGUGGCGGUGCUGACCGCGGAGGAGGGGGCCCUGGUCCUCCAGCCAAUGGUGCCCGUGUUGCCCGCCCCCGGUCCUCAGCCUUGGCAGCCCGGACUCCGGGCGCUGAAAGAGGGGAGCGAGAGGGGACUCAUGUGGCCUGGCCUCCCUCUGGCCCUGGCUCUGGGGCGCCCUCCCGGGACCCACGUCUGUGCGCGCAAACCUGCCAGGACGGUGAGGUGGCCGGGGGGGCCCCCCCUCCCCUCCCUGCAGAGCGUGGCUGCCCAGGGCUCAGCCACCAACCACCACAUGAGGGGGGGGGGCACCAGGGGAGGCCCGAGAGGAGGUGCCAACAACCCCCAUCCCCGCCACACCGCUGCCUCAUCUGGGGGCUGGCGGAGCCAGCUGAGAGGGUGGCGUUGUUCCCUGGUCCCCAGAUGUCUAGCCAGGGCUGCUCCCGCCCCACACACCCUCGGGGAUGUGGGUGUCUCACGGAGGAAAGGAAGGGAGCCGUGCCCACCCGCCACAUUGCCAGGCACCCCUAGGACAGCGGUAGACAGCUUCACACCCCAGACGGCCAGCAGGGCCCGUCCAGAUGCCCUCUGGACGCGGGGCAGGCUGAGGACCAGGCCACAACCCCACCCCCCCUUCCACUUGAACUUUGCCUGGAGGUGGGCGGCCCUCCCUUUGGUCUGAGUCCGGGCUCCUCCUGCUUGCUCCUCCCUCCUCCACUCACAGGUGCCCUUGGAGGGAGGCAGCGAGGGGCUCGUUGCCCAGCACCCCCCCUUCCAGCAGCUUCCCCUCGAGUUGGAAAUGUGCCUUGCACCCCCAGCCGAGUGAAGCUCAGAACGUAUCUAUUUCCAUCAACGUAACAAGCUCGGAUCAGGGACCUAAUUGGUUUCCCAGUGGUGGGUAAUUUCUCGUUCCAAAUAUUAAUCCGUUGUUUUCCUGGCACCCAGCCCGGCCCCGCCGCAGCACUGUACUCCAAGUAGGUUCCUAUGCAACCGAGAGCCCCAGCAAAUACUUUAUGAGCUUUGCAGCUUCGGCCGAGCAGCUAUGCAAAUGCACUUUUCAUUUGGAGCGUGCGGCCGAUGUGAAGAUAAGGAAUUGUUUCUCCCGGAGAAGAUCCAUCAUUUCUGUAGCUUCCAGGGCCCCCGGCUCCCGUGCUCACCUCCCAGAUGUGGCGAGCGCCUCCGAGGCCUCUGGGCUCCCAGGAGAGCUGAGGCCCGGGGGAGCCGGGGGCUGAUCAAGCCAGCUCUUAGGGACCAAAGCCGGUGCCACCACCACAUUAAAGGCAGCCCAGCUCUCCCCACGCAAGGCUGGGGCACAGGUCAGACCACCGCACACACUCGCUCCCAGAACCUCCACUGCUGCUGCUAAGAAUUGUAUGCGCCAUGUAAUUUAGGAGGGGAAGAGCUGUACGGGCAUUAACUGUAAAAUAAAUGUCUAUUUUUUUUUCUCUUGCAAAA